CCACCCAAUUUGUGCUUGUUGUGAUAAGAUGACAGUAAAUCUUAUAUCAGUAUACCCCUAAAUAAGGCAAAGAAAAGUACAUCAGUAGUUGUAUUGAUGGUGUCAUGCUGCCAUGUUGCGAGUGUUGUUUGGGGCCAACACAAGACGGUCUUUGUUGAAUUGGGACCCAUGCGGUGGGGGGUGGGGGGGGGAACAGCUGGCGUGCUUCUCUUCGUGAUAAAGCGGGACGUUUGUGAAAUGAGCACUUACAGCGCGCGGCAUUCUGGGAUCGCAAGGGGGGGGGGGAUUGCAAGGUGCUGCUACAUGUGGAAUGUGUUUGGGUUCAUGAAAGCGACAGGCCAGGGCUUGUCCAUGAUGUAAGGAAAAGGCGAUGCUCCAGGUACUUUCACAUGACAGCGGGAUACGACCGAUGACAGUAUGGAAAGUACCUACAGAGGAAAAUGACUUUCGAACAGCUGUCAGCUGCAGUGAUACCGAAGAACAACUUGGACGCUCUUUGUGCUGUCCAGUCCACUGUCGUGACGGAUGCGUAACUUUUUUGUUCCGUGUCUUUCGGAGCGGCUGGCGAGCGCGUGUGAUAUGCUGUCACUUUUACCAUCAAGCUGCGUGGCUCUCUCGCUUCGCUCCCUCUUUUCUUUUCGCCGAAGGACCCGCCCACGUACCCGGAGGGGGGGUUACCUCGUAGUGGUUUGCUCGGCGAGCGUGAACAUGGACAGUUUUUUUUCUUUCCUCCCACGGUGGAAGUCAUCUGGCGUGGACCUGCUACAGAAUUCCGCGCGUGCAAAUCAUUUGCCGUUGGCCGUAGGGCGCCUUCACGCCGACGCGUGCAAUGAGGCAGCGAACGGAAGAGCGGAUGAGUGAACACGAUGGCGAGGCGUCGUUAGUGGACUGAUUGCAAACCGGGGCGGCGGCAAAAUGUUGAUGUGGUGGCUUCCGCUCGGUUUGCUCUUCGGCUUCAUCGUGUCGCACACUUGGAGCUCCAAUUUUGGCAAAUCGCCCCCGCACAUCGUCUUCAUCCUGGUGGACGACCAGGGCUUCCGGGACGUGGGCUACCACGGCUCCGAGAUUAAGACGCCCACCUUGGACCGGCUGGCGGCGCAGGGCGUGAAGCUGGAGAACUACUACGUGCAGCCGCUCUGCAGCCCGUCCAGGAGCCAGCUCAUGACCGGCAGGUACCAGAUCCACACGGGCCUCCAGCACUCCAUCAUCCGAGCCACCCAGCCCAGCUGCCUCCCCCUGGACAACGUCACUCUGCCGCAGAAAUUGAAGCAGGCCGGCUACUCCACGCACAUGGUGGGCAAGUGGCACCUGGGUUUCUACAAACGCGGCUGCCUGCCCACCCGCCGCGGCUUCGACAGCUUCUUCGGCUCGCUCCUGGGAAGCGGCGACUACUACAGCCACUACAAGUGCGAGGGUCCCGGCACGUGCGGCUACGACUUGCACGAGGGCGAAGAAGCCGCGUGGGAGCAGGACCGCGGCUUGUACUCCACGCUGAUGUACACGCAAAAGGCCGUCGGGAUCUUGGCCAAUCACAACCCCAGCAAGCCCUUAUUCCUCUACUUAGCCUAUCAGGCGGUGCAUUCCCCGCUUCAGGUUCCGUCUCGCUACCUGGAGCGCUACAAGGGGAUCGUGAACCCUCACCGUCGCAAAUACGCAGCCAUGGUCUCCUGCCUGGACGAAGCCGUACGCAACCUGACCCUGGCCUUGAAACGCUACCAUUACUACGACAACACGGUCAUCGUGUACUCCUCGGACAACGGGGGGCAACCGCUGGUCGGCGGGAGCAACUGGCCCCUGCGGGGGAGCAAGGCCACUCUGUGGGAGGGGGGCAUCCGGGCGGUGGGUUUCGUCCACAGCCCCCUGUUGGCCAAGAAAGGAACCGAGUGUCGCUCGCUGGUGCACAUCAGCGACUGGUUCCCCACGCUGGUCACGCUUGGCGAAGGGACUCUGGACGAGGACCUCAACCUGGACGGCUACGACGUCUGGGAAGCCAUCAGCGAAGGGCUCCCCUCGCCCCGCCAGGACAUCCUCCACAACAUCGACCCCAUUUACGUGAAGGCCAAAAACGGUUCGUGGAAAGCCGGCUACGGCUUGUGGAACACGGCCGUGCAGGCGGCCCUGCGCGUGGGCCACUGGAAGCUGCUGACGGGGGUGCCCGGUUACAGCGACUGGGUGCCCCCUCAGACCUUCAACACGCAGCGGCUGACUCUGCGCUGGCACAGCGAACGCGUCCGCUGGGACCGCGGCAAGUCCCUGUGGCUGUUCAAUAUUACCUCAGACCCUUACGAGCGGGUGGAUUUGUCGCAACGCUACCCACACGUGGUCAAGAAGAUGCUCAUGCGGCUCGUGCAGUACAACAAGACGGCGGUGCGAGUGCACUACCCGGCCAAAGAUCUGCGCUCCAACCCGCAGUACAACGAUGGCGUGUGGGGGCCCUGGUACAAGGACGAGAUCGGGGACAGAUACGACCACCUGUUGACAAACCAUUUGAAUAGCAGAGGGGGCUGGAACAGAAAAAUUCAAAAGUAGCAGGCCGGGCGUCUUCGUGGAAGACGGAAUGUUUCUCAGGGAUCACUCGGGACUUCCCGUUGUGGAAUUUUAACAACGAGUGGGGAACAUGAGAAACUCGUGGGCCCCGUCGGACCAGUUCAUCUUAGAAUGCACCAAGAAUAAUGUUGUGAGAUUAAGAAUAAUGGUUUCAUGUUACGAUGACAAAAAAAAAGGAAAAAAAAGUCAUGGCAUGAGGUUGAAGUCAGAAUAUUGCAAAGAGACCAAGUCGGAAUAUACUGUGAAAAAGUCACUUUUCUCAAAAAAAAGUUACUUAUGAAAUAAGUCCUAAUGUUGCAUGAGUAAAGUCAUAAAUUCACAAGCAAAAAAAAAAAAA